AUGAAUGUUCAAGAUAGAAGAAGGUUACUAGGCCCGGCUGCUGCCAAGCCUAUGGCAUUUAGUUACACUACUGGUGGUGAAGUAGAGAAGAUUUCAACGAAUACGCCACCCAAAUACAGCGAAGGUGAAGAGGUACUUUCUUUACAUACGGGAUUCAUCGAGAAUUGUAACGGAUCUGCUUUGGUAGAAGCCAGAAACUCAAAGCAUCAGACGUCAUUAAUUACCGCUGUAUAUGGUCCACGUUCCAUUAGAGGUUCUUUCACAUCGCAGGGUACUAUAACUAUUCAACUGAAAAAUGGGCUUCUAGAAAAGUACAAUACUAACGAACUCAAGGAAGUCGGUAGUUUUCUAACAGGCAUAUUCAAUUCAGUGGUUAACCUGUGUCGUUAUCCAAAAUCUGGCAUUGACAUCUUUGUCUAUUUAACGUAUGAUAAAGAACUUCAAAAUGAAACUUUUGAUGAAAAAUUACAGAGCGAAAAAUUAUUUUCCCAAAUAACGUCUCUCAUACCUCAUUGUAUUACUAGUAUAACACUAGCUUUAGCCGAUGCUGGUAUUGAAAUAGUAGACAUAGCGGCUGCUGGGGAGGCCAACGGUACUGUUAUAUCAUUUAUUAAAAACGGGGAAGAAAUCGUAGGUCUGUGGAAAGACGAAGGUGACCACGAAGAUAUUUUAGAAUCUGUCAGUGCUUGCAAAGAACACUAUAAACGUUAUAGGGAUUUGAUGAUAAGCUGCCUAUUGGAACAGAAAAAUCUAGAUGCAAAGUCAGCUUAG